AUGAAAUGGAUGGAAAAGCAACUUGUUUGUUAUUAAAACUGUGAGGCUCAACCAUAUAUACAAGAAAAUUUAAUGAUAAAUGUUCAGUGAAAAAUAAACUGUGGGAGGAGAUUGCAAAAAAAUGGGAGAAGAAGGCUUUUGUGUAAGUGGUGUACAGUGCCAACAAAAGUUCAUGAAUUUAUCAAAAAAAUACAUAAACUUUCAACGCCAUGUACACCAGACAGGGGUUGAACGAAAAGAACCUCCCCAGUUUUACGAUGACUUAGAUAAGAUAUUGGGCAAUAAGGAUAAAGUUACCCUGGACAAUAUCAUGGAUUCCAUGGAAUUUUCGAAGGAACCUCCGAAAUUUGAUGAAAGUCAAUCUGAGAUAUGUGAAGAAAAACCACCAGUUUUAAAGGUUAAAAGUGUAAAAAAAAACGACAUUGAAACCAUCUACGGUAACAAAAGCUACAAUUUUGGAGACAAUCCAAGACUGUAG